AAAAGUAGGUGAGUUUGACUGCAGGAUCGUGCACGAAUAUCCUCGCUACGACCCAUCCUGGUCUGACACUUGUUCAUUUACGUUUAUCGUGUCGCCCAUUUUAACGUCUUGUGCCUGAUGUAUCUGUAUUACGACGCGCUGCCAUUCUGGCUGAGGUAUUUCUUAACAGACAUUUCUCUACUUAUGAUGUUAUCAUUUGAGGCUAUUUCUUGUAAACUAACUACAAAGAUGUCACUUAAGAACACGUCGAUCAUACAUAUGCUCCUGUCACUUCAUUCCGCGAUACAGCUGGCUGUUGGGUGGGUGUCAGUGUAAACAUGAAGUCACACAUACUAAAUAAAAUUGUGUAUCGAUCUACAUCUUUCGAGUUAGAACGAGUGAAAUAAAUUGACUUGUACUUUGUGUGAGUUCAUUGGAGUAUAAACCUUCAUAAAGAGAGGCACAAACAGUUUCACACAAAGUGAAGUCAAUUCUCAAGUUACUUACAUACAUCGUUAAUGAUAAAGGGGUUGGCGGCAGAUUAAUUAAUGUCAAAAAAGAAAUCUUCCUAAUAUAUUAUUUCUUGAAUGGUGGUAAUACCCUCCGCACGACACUAUUGUGAUAACUGGGAUUAUCCGCCAUGUUUGCUGUUAUGAAGCUACAUGUGCACACAGGAAGUACUUAUAUGGAGCAGCUGUAUCCCCGGGCAGGGUCGGUGUAUCAGUCGGUGUAUCAGUCGUUUUCUAACUGCGGGCCACACAGUCGCUUAUGCACAACAAAGAUGUCUGGAGUUAUAUUCAUCAGUCUUGUGUUGCUGUUAGGUGUCAGAGACGUACAUGCUGAUACCAAUUUGGCAGCCUUCUCUAGGAAACUAAACCUGCUGGACAGAACGAUGCAGGCGUGGAAAGGCACAGUUGAUGAUUUGGGGACUGAAAUGAGUAACAACUUUGACUUGCUGGAGUCAUCACUGAAAGAAGAACUGACUGACACGUUCAUCCCUGCCUUGAUAAAGCCUCUAGUGAAGCAAGCGAUUACUGGCAUCCUGAAAGAAGAAUACAUUGGCAAUAUUAUCAGCGGACGUGUUCUUGAUAUAGUCAAAAGCCUGAAAGCCAGCAUUCAUAACACAAAGACACAACUCCGAUCAGUUAAACGCCAGUUCAGAAAAGUUAAACGGGAAAGAGACUCUUACAAAGAGAGUCUUGGCAAACUACGAGGCGAGCUGACCAAGGACACCCAUAGGGACUUUCAGGGAAUACAGCAAAGGAUACAGGAACUUGAGGACCGUGAUGCGCUGCGUGAGAAACAAAUCCAAGACUUGACGGAACAGAAACAGAAAGCCUCGAGCGACCGGAGCCACGGAGAAAGGGCUGCACAGAUGACGACAGUGACGACCCAUGCCUCGAGCGACCCGAGCCGGACCGCGAGGACACCAGUGACGACCACAAAAAAGCCUGCUACACAGGCGACUCCAUCACCAGCAGACUGCAGGGACCUCCAUGUCGCCAGCAUUGCCGGGAGCCUGGAGUGGGUGAAGCAGCUCCUGUCUCGGAGGGUGGACGUCGAUUGUAGGAGGAGGAGCUGGACACCGGUGAUGGGGGCAGCAAGGUAUGGACACAGAGACGUGGUGGAGCUCCUGGUGGGUAAAGGGGCCGAUGUGUCACUGGUGGACAGGCGCGGUGACAACACCCUUCACAUCGCCUGUAUUGGAGGAGACUUGGAGACGGUGAAGUUUGUGCUGUCUCUGAACGUGGUGGACAUCGACGCCAGGAACAACGACGGGGGGACGGCGGCCGACAGGGCGAGACUCUAUAGACAUACGCGAGUGUUGGAUCUCCUCGUGUCCCGCGGCGCUCAGUGACGUCAGUGUCGUGUUUGUGUAGACGGUGGCAAGGAUCGAGACCUGACAGUGACGUGGUGUGCCGUUCACGUCGCCGUGUGUACGUAUGUCUUUAUUUACGUGUAACUGUUUGUUGUUUUGGGAGAUGAAUAAAACUUGUAAAAACUU